GGGGGGAAGAAACUCAUAAAUUAAUCCCCCGCCUCCCUCCAUCAGAAACCAUCCCAAAGAGCACUGUGUACUCUCCAGCACCAGCAUCCCCGUCGUCACCCAGAAGAUGUCAUUGCAAAGGGGACAGAAUGUUUGAGAGAAAGUCACCGCUCGGUGCGUGUGUUCUUCAGUUGUCCGUUCUCAAGAAAUCAUGCCACAAUUGCUUAAAUCGUUUCCGUUUCGCUCCGUUUACCUAAAGUGUGUGUUGUAUUGCUCAAGUGUGUGUGUACUACUUUUUCACUUUCUUAUCACCGUUCUUCCGCCCACUUAAGGAAUCUCGCUUGAUGAGCGGCGUUUCGGACCGGGCUACCCCCACUCUCUCUCCUUCGGUGAAGUGCGUCUUGUGAGCGUUAGAAGUGUAUUUUCUCCCCCACUUCUUCGCCGUGUGUGUAUUUCCAUACUGUGUUACAGCGGGGGGAUCUUUCAUUCACUUGGCGAGAGUUGAGCAAAGUUUUUAUGAAUGAAUCUAGGGAGCUACUAUGAUGGGGAUUCUCUGCCCGCCGGUCGUAGGCACGACGAUAUGUCUUCUUCUUCUUCUUCUUCUUCUUCUUCUGCUUCUUUGUUUGCUAGCUGGUGCCGGACAGGAAACGUGUUUAUCAUUAUUUGUCGUGCCGAUAAUAGUGAGUAAUGUGGAGUGUGGGUCUACGCAGUGUUGGAAUGCGAUAAGCCCCGUAGUAUAGUAGGAAUAGAUAAGAAAGUAGUGACUACGGUGUGGAGCAUUGUUCUAUCUCUCUCUCUCUCUCUCUCUCUCUCUCUCUCUCUCUCUCUCUCUCUCUCUCUCUCUCUCUCUCUCUCUCUCUCUCUCUUGCUCUCUGUACACAGGACGCUGUUAUGCGUUUUCUGUUUGGUUGGCAAAUGUUUUAAUGUUUGUAUAAACGUUGAGUAAUGGGAGAUCUUCCGACAACUCACCAGUAUUAGGUUUUCUUUUUGGGGUUUAAAAUAGACUGUGCGAGGUUGUUGUCAACCCCUGUGCAAGCGCCCAAUUACACAAUAAUUCUAUUUCGAGAAGGAAAACCACGUGCGAUAACAUCAGCUUACAGCAUGAGUCAGUUAAAAAAAGUAGAAGUUGAAAGAUAGUAAAGUGACACCUGUAUCAGGUCGAAAUUGUAAUUGACGGGGAAACCCAAUCAAUCAGGAACUACCUCACAGGUACACUAUGCGGGGUGUCGCCAAAACUUAAAUUAUCACGUCCAUGCCUUCCAGGGAAUUGGGGUGUUUUCUGUUUUUCCUCAGAAAUUCGGAACAUACGUUACCGUUAUCGUACAGAAAAUUGCGAUUCCGAUCAUGUUUCAAUGUCAUCUCGGUACUUUUUGCAGUAUGCGGAUCCACCCCAAGAAUAAUUGUUUGGAAGUCUUGGUUAGGUUUGGGAUGUCACCCUCCCCUAUCCCCCUUCUCUCCGCCCACUCCAACCCCUGUAUAAGGAGCAGUUCACUGGAAUGUUGGCGUCCUGUCCGUGUUCGCAAAAUGUCAGACACCGUUACGGUCCAGAAUGUUCGGCGGUAUUGCCAAACAGUCGCCAACUUCACGGGUGUGCAAUUCUUGCUAACUUGGCUCCAUUAUUGCAUCAUUUCUCGCCCAUCGGGUGGGAAGAUGUCAUCAUCUGAUCCUCUGGAGGACAGGAGGGCAAGAGUAGUCAGGAAGGCGACUUCUGUGAACUUCCGUUUCGGAGGGAAACAGGGCAGAGCAGCACCGAGGAAGAAGAUUUAGCACACAGCACGAUUGGGUUUCUGCCCGGUGCGAUAAGGAUACCGCUCCCAGCGCGGUAAUAAUCGCGUGAGAGAUUAGCAAUCGCUUGGGAAGGAGGCGAAGGGGAGGGUCUGUGUCCCUGCGCCCUAUAUGCCUGUUCGUUCCUGUUCGCCGCUUGCCAUUAGCGCGAAUUAGAUUAGAGCGGAAGUUAUUGUGUAUUAGAGGACGGGUCCGCUUGCCUGUUGUUUAUAAAUUUAUGUUUAUUGGAAUCUGAGACGGGGCAACAGUAUUAACAGUUUCGCCAUUCGCCGAACCGUAAGCGGCUUGAGCGACAGAUUGAGCCCCGUGUGCAAGACUAUAGAUUGGACGGCGGGGACCCAUCGUGGUGUAAUGUAAACAAAGUGCAGCUGAGCAAAGGUCUCUCCUUCUCUCUCUCUGUAGGUCGGCUUUUCGGAAUCAGAACAGGAUCGUACGUGCUCAUGCGCACGGCUCUUGACUUUCGUCGCCUGCUGCAAAUGAAUGGAAUUCGUUAUGCGCGUGCGGCUUGGGUCGCGGCAAGUGCGCACAUCUUGGCAGGGGACUGCUGAUCUUGUGGCGGUGGUGGCGACGGUAACCCCAAAUGCUGAUAAACCUACCUAACCUCCGUUGCGUCCCUGCUGCGUCUGUUAUUCUUCUGGACGUACCGAGUGACAUACAGAGAGAGAGAGAGAGAGAGAGAGAGAGAGAGAGAGAGAGAGAGAGAGCGCGAGAGACCAACCCGCAAGCGUCUGUCAACGUCGAAUCAAACGCGCAUCUCCAACGCCGAGACUCUCAUUUCUUCCAGGCGGGGGUAACACACACGCGGGGGGUCGUGUUGUGAUUCUGUGUCGGGGAAGAAAGGGGCGCGAUUUUACGAUUCAGCGAUUCGUGCCCCUAGGGGGGGUGAGGGAAGAGGUUGUAUGAGAGUUUCGGUGCCGUUUUUUUUUGUUGAUGCUUCAUCUUCUCUCCCUCUUUCUCUUUAUUGGCCGCGUGUGUGGUGUGUGACGCCUAAUACGAAUCGACUACUGGUGCGGCACGUCCGCGGCAGACUCCCGAGCGUGUACGAUCAGGUUCGGAUCAUCCCUUUUGAUGAGCGGUGCAUGGGGAGAGAGAGAGAAAGAGAGAGAGAGGUUGGGAUAGGUUUCGGAUGAUGAGGGCAAACCUACCUCCCCCGGGGUUGUGUUCUUGGUUCGUUCUCUCAGCAUGCGUCACCACGCUGUGGCCGCACACCAACGUCUCGCGGUUCGUUGUUUGCGUGUGGUGUGCGGUACAAUAUCAGUGUAGAUUGCUCGCCGAAUUAAUGCAGUUCUUCUACGGCGGUGCAGGGUGACAGUUGCGCUUUGGAAGAGUACCCAAUCCACGAUCGGGUCGCGUGUGCUGUGCCGGCUUUACAGCCAGUGUGUUGAGCGAGUUUUGUGUUUAAUUUGUGAAGAAGUUGUUGAAGAAUAUCGAGACAUUGUAUACAGACAAGUGCGCAAAAGUAGUCUCCGAUGCGCGAUGGCGCAUAAACGAUUCCUCAAGAUAUUCUGGCCCUUCCAGGACUGUCAAUCAACAUCAUCAUCCCCAACAGCAGGAUCAUCUGCGGUGGCAUCUCCAUCUGCUGCUACCGUCGGUGGCUCUACGGUGGCGGCAACCAGCAACAACAACGGCAGCUCUGCGAAGGAUGCGGAGCAACGGCCCGGCGAAGCGACGGUGGACGACAAUUCCUCGAACCAGACAGCAGCAGCACCAACAACACCGACCAGCGUGGUCUCGGCGGGUUCAGCAAACACGGCCAGUGACAGUUCGCCAGUAGCCACGGUCACGGUCGGUAGUGCGUCGAAGGCGACGGCAAACAUACCGCCCUGUGCUUCCUCGGUGUCGUGUUGCGCCAGCAACGGCAACAGCCGGAAGUCAGCGUCUUCCACCGCGUCCACCCUGUUCGGUUCACUGUCCUUCGCGGGCCGUCGAUCGCGCUCGUCUAACGCGCGCGCCGGAAGCUGUUGUUCACCGACGGCGGACGGUUGCAACUCUCCGGAGCAACAGCAGCAGCAGCAGCGUUCCCGCAUCUCCUGGAUACCGGGCAGCGGGCAGAAGCAGCACCGCAACGGUGCGAAAAAUGCAACCCCUAGCGCCAAAGCGAAAAAGUCCAACUGGCCCUUCUCGCUAAAGUCAUCCGGCGGCGGUGGCGGCAGUGGCGGAUCGAACACGGGAACGGCAGCAGCUGCGGCCCACAAGCAGUCGACCAAAGCAGCAAACGGUGGCAGUGUGGUGUCUACCAAUACAGCAAUGUCCUCGGACGCAACGGCCGGUGGCAGUGGCAGUGUUCUAGCGGGCGUAGCAGGCCCAUCGCUUCGCGGAAGCACACUGAUCGCUUCGGCAAAACUGUUGAAAGGUGAAUCGGAUAAGGAUGAUACGUGCGUGUGUACCGCCUACCGGAAGGUGAGUGAAUCGCCACCGCCACCCUCCUCGCCCGUACCACCAUCAGCCGCAGCUGCGGCCGCGGGUCCUUCCGGUGUGGCAGCGCCCCGCCCGAACGAAUCCGUCGAAUGGCUCGAGGAAGCAAUACAAGGAUCGGGACUGGUGCCGCUUAAUCUCCAUAUGCUAAGCUCACUGCGUGCUGCGGGCAGUGCCGGCACAUCGGCGGGUCAGCCACUGAUAUCGCUCGCCGGCCCAGAAUCGAUCCCGAUGCUGCCCAACAAUGGCAGUAGUAGCAGCAACAGCAACAACAAUCACCACCACCAUCAUCAUCAUCACGCGAUGGCCGCUGCCCUGGUGGCCGACCAUCAUCCAACGUUCUUCUUCCAGCCCGCACACCAUGCUCCGGCGGUGGCGGCAGGAGCGCCCGGAGCGGCAGCCGCUGCUGCAGCAGGCCCGGCCGCACUGUUCGGUACGCUUCCGCUCGGUGCAGGCCAUCCGCCCGCGAACGAUGUGAUACUGCUGGCGGACUCGCCCGUCCUGUUUGAUCUUACCAGCGACGACUUCUCGGUGGAGGACUGUGACGAGCGGGCGCGCAUUCAGCGCGAGCUGGAAAUCCGCGAAGGCGUGGACGCACCGCCUAACUUCCAUCCGCGCCGGCUCAUGUCGGGCGGCACGAUUGCGUCCGGGCCUGCCGCCAACCAUCCGAUCGCGUUCAUCUACUCGCGCGACCUGGUCCAGCGCGGUCUGCUGAUGGCGAACAAGCUGAUCCAGCCCCUGGAUGCGGCGGCGGCGGCGGCAGCGGCGGGCGUUUGCGUUGCCCGGUCCGGGUUCGGCCGGCUGCGCAUCCACUCGCAGGUCGACUUUAUCCACUGUCUCGUGCCGGACCUGCAGAAGAUUACCAGCUGCAGCUUCUACUGGGGCAAGAUGGACCGGUACGAGGCGGAGCGGCUGCUCGAGGGCAAACCGGAGGGUACGUUCCUGUUGCGCGACUCCGCCCAGGAGGAGUUUCUGUUUUCCGUCUCCUUCCGCAAGUACAACCGGUCGCUGCACGCUCGGAUAGAGCAGUUUAAUCACAAGUUUAGCUUUGACUCUCGCGAUCCGGGCGUGUUUACGGCGUCGACGGUGACGGGGCUGCUGGAGCACUACAAGGACCCGUCCUGUGUGAUGUUUUUCGAGCCAAUGCUUACGUUCCCGCUGAACCGGAACUUUAGCUUCAGCCUGCAGCAGCUCUGCCGGGCGGUGAUUGUGAGCAACACGACGUACGAUGGCAUCAACGAGCUGACGCUACCGAAGUCGCUCAAAUCCUACCUGAAGGAGUACCACUACCGGCAGCGGGUCCGCUUCCGGCCCAUGGACGAGCAUCUCUACUCCAACGCGUAGCUGCUCGACGAUGACGUUGAGGACGGAGACGACUUGUACGUUCCGGACGGUGACGAUGAUGAUGAUGACGACGACGAUGACGACGAUGGUGAAGAUGGUGGCCGCAUCGUGAUUCGUAGUAGAAAAGUAGGCACCAAUCGUGUGCCUCCUGGCGAAUCUACUGGCCGAUACUUACCCGGCUGGGUGUGGAAAGGUGCCAACGUGCAUCCUUACUACUACGCGCUACAUCCCGUCACGUGUGGGCCGGCUGCCGCUAAGCUACAGUGCAGUAAAAUGGUCAAACCAACGCUCGGCGAUCGGUGGCGCAAACGGCUUCAUCUUCAGGGUGGCUCCUUUGCGCCACAGCAGCCGGCGGCCGGCGUAUCGUCGUCCUGUUCGUCCGCUUCAUCCUCCCGCUGGAUGUACGUGCUAAAGCGGUUCCUUAAGCGCCGGCAAAGGAUAAUGUCCUGCCACCGGCCACAGUGUAGCGAGUGGUAGUGUCCCUCCUUUUCCCCCUAUGUAGCCCCUAUUUAGCAAUGUGUUGUUUUUUUGUUUGGUUGUGUGUGCUUGUUUGUUGGGCUAUUUUUUAUGUAGAAAAAAAGGUGGUGCACCUAUUUUUUGGGUAAAUUCCCCUGGGGAGGCACAAUAGCUAAUAGAAGAGAUCUAGAGAGAGAUAAUAAGGGAGGAUCCUGUCGAAUGAUACACAAAUCACCGUUUUUUCGGUGUUCGUUUUACAUCCCUUCCGAUAGCUUUACACAAACACACACACACAUACUUUAAACACUCGGGCAGUUUUCUCAAUUCGCACUAUGUUAGUAAAUUAUUUGCACUUCCAUUCCACCCGUUCCCACUGCUUCUAUCCACUACUUUGCACACCCAUUGUUAGGGCGAAGUAGUAGUAAUGAGCGGAAUAACAACAACAAUAUUCACAUCAUAAUAAUCAGACAGAGAGAGAGAGAGAAAGGAGAGCAGGAGAGAGAGACAAAGAAACGUCUCGUAUAGUGUUAAAACAACCACCAGAAUCAGUAUUUCAGUAUAGUAAUUGUGCGUUUAUUAGUCUCCCACACGACGUAUGCGCAGCAGAGCUAGGAAGCGUAAACACUUAAUCCUUCUUAGCCAAACCGAACCAACCGAAUCAACCAACCCAACAACUCCCCCACUCUCUCUAUGUGUUGUCCUAGAGCAAAUUGUAUUUGUUUGUUUAGUAGUGCUUGAAUUUUAAGAAUGGUGUUACUAAAACUCCAACACUAGGAUAUACCAGCUGGUAGGCGUAUUUAUUACACUAGCAAUUAUUGCAAAUAGAUUUUACACACAAAUAAGCUAAUCAGAAUCAACACACACACACACACAGCUACUGUGGGUCGUGUGAGGCAAAUUGUACAGAAGGUGGUAGCGCUGGUAAAGGCUCACCGUAUUUAGUUACAUUUAGUUACGUUUGUAAGGGCCCUCCCCUUAGCAGAUUGUAGAUACAUUGUGUGUGUGUUUUUGGCAGUUUAGUUUAGUUAAUGUUUAGUUGUUGCUUUCCGGUCACAAUUUCCGGCCGCGGAAGAGUUCCCAGAGUAGUCGCAGAGAGGGGGGGAUGAAAAUACAGCGGAAAAAUAUAAACACUUUGUUGAUCCACUGAAAUGGAAGCUAGAGAAAAAUGCAAAAAUCAAAAAGGAAAAUGCAAAGUGCAAAAGCAGCUAGGAAAGAGGAAAAACAAAUGAAGGAAAAUCUCUAAUUAUGAAUAGCCCUUUCGUGUUGACAAAAAAACAAAAAC